AUGCCGUCUUCAAAGCGUCCCCAAGCGUCCCUAAGGACUUCUGACUUUGAUGAAGAUGAUGGAAUAGAAGAUUAUUCUAUUCGCCCUCGUUCACGAAAACGCGCUCGCACGCCAGACUAUCUGGCCUCCGAUGAAAAUAGUGUUGCCAAUAUCGAUGGCAAUGAAGGGAUGCGUCCUCGUUCGAUUACUGAAGCUCUAUAUGACGAGGAAGAUGAGCUAGAGUUGCACGCGACACAGGUAAUUCAAGAGAAAUAUUCUUUUUCCAGUGAUGAGCCAAACGUGCCUGCUGAAAAUGGAAUUCUUGAACGGGUUGAAUGUUAUAAUUUUAUGUGCCAUGAUCGCUUUUACGUGGAGCUGGGCCCGCUGAUAAAUUUCAUCGUCGGGAAAAAUGGCAGUGGAAAGAGUGCAGUUCUUACAGCUAUCACUCUCUGUUUAGGUGGCAAAGCAUCUGCUACCAAUCGAGGCCAGAGCUUGAAAAGCUUCAUCAAAGAGGGCAAAGAGAGCGCUGCAAUUGUGGUACGAAUCAAAAAUCAAGGAGAUGGUGCUUACAUGCCAGAUGACUAUGGGAAGUCUAUAAUUAUAGAGCGUCAUUUCUCAAAGAAUGGCACUAGUGGCUUCAAAAUGAAAGCAGAAAAUGGGCGUAUAGUAUCUACAAAAAAGGCAGAGUUGGAUUCUAUUAUUGAUUUCUUUACGUUGCAAUUUGACAAUCCUAUGAACGUGCUCUCACAGGAUAUGGCUCGUCAAUUUCUCAGCACAUCAAGUCCUGCUGAAAAGUACAGGUUUUUUGUGAAGGGUGUCCAACUAGAGCAACUUGAUCAGGAUUAUCGAUUGAUUGAAGAAUCUGCCGAUCAAAUAGAAGAAAAGCUAAAGAACAGAGAGCAAGACAUUGAGGUCUUAAGGCACCGCAGAGAUGCAGCUAAGCAAAGACUUGAGAUAUCUGAUCAGCAUGAAUCUCUGAGAAAUCGGCUCAGGAAUACUCGGAGCCAAAUGGCCUGGGCUCAAGUCGAAGAGCAAGAAAAGUUGUUGUAUUCCGUUGACGCUGAACUCACCAGGAUACACGACAGAGUUACAGCUGCUGAUGCUGAGCUGCACAUGUUUGAUACGGCUAUUCAGGAGGCGGAUGCCGAGAUUGAGACUGCCAAGGAGUACGUCAAGCAAGCCAGGGGCAGACUCGAACAUGCACAAAAUGAGAAGGGGGAUCUAAAAUCAGCUUGGGAUGAACAGAUGAGUGAAAGACAUGACUUACAAGCAGAGCAACGCAAGAUAAGGGAAUAUCUAAAGGCAGCAGAAACAAGAAUUUGUGAAACACAACAAAAGAUUGCUGAGGAAAAUCAGCGGCUGACUGAACUUGGUGGAGGGAGCUAUACUCGGAAACAGGAACAAUUAAAUCAAGUUAAGGCUGAGGCUGUCGAAGCUCGUACACAGUAUGAGGAGCACCAACGCGAACGUGAUCGCCUCUAUCGAGAGUUGGAAGAGGCCAAUGAAGGAGUAGACUUGGCAGCAGCGCCAAUUAGCAAAACUAAAAGCGAUGUUGAACAGGCAGAAUCUCUUUUACGAAAUCUCAACAAGGAAGGGAGCAUUCGGAAUUUAGGGUUCCAUGAAAAGAUGCCUGCACUUAUUAGGGCGAUUCAACAGGAACAGUCGUUCGGUAGACAACCAGUCGGGCCUAUUGGACACCAUGUGACUCUGCUGAAGCCCGAAUGGUCAUCUAUACUAGAAAAUUCUCUCGGCGCUACCUUAAACAGCUUUAUCGUUACCUCAAAAAGAGACAUGAACAUUCUUUCGGCCAUCAUGCAAGAGGCCAAUUGCCUGAUAGACGAAGAGGCAUUCACCUCUCCUAUAGCCGGGCAGACGGACCUAGCAUCACAGACUAGGGUUCAACGUGGUGUUGUGGCAGAUCUAAGACACGACUUAAGCAACCAGGAACAACAACUCCGCCUUGCUCGGUCACGCCUAGAGGGUUGCAAGCAAGCUCGUGUAAGACACGAAAGGAAAACAAAUGACCUGCGCAUUGCUAUGCAAAAGAAAGAGGACCUCAUGGAAGAGCUCUUGGAAGCACUCGACAAAGAAGUUGUGGAAGACGGACAUCUCGACGCUCUGCGGACUGCUCUACAGGAGGCUGAAGAAGAGAAGCAGCUUAAUUCAGGGUCAUUGAAAGACAGCACCGAUGCCAUGAACGCUAUGAUGAAAGCACUAAAAGGGACAAAGCAACAGCUUGCUGCCAAAGAUGCUGAGAUCAACACUCUGAUGGAACAGCUCCAGGUUGUGCAAAGCGAGGAGCUUAUGGGAACCGAAAAGCGUCGUAAGAUAAUCAGUGACAAGAAUGCUGCUGUUAACGAAAUCGACGAAAUGAAACGCGACUUGGAAAGAACUACUCAUGAAAAAAGUGAGAUAGCAUCCCGUAUUCUCGACUACAGCGAGAAAGCUAGUUUGGUAUCACCGCGGGUGGAGAUUGCUGAAGGCGAGACAGCUGCUAGUCUUGACAAGAAACUUGACAGACUGCAUAGGGACAUACAGCGCUACAAUCAACAGUUGGGGGCUUCUCGGGAUGAGAUUGCUGCUGAAGCUAAGAGAGCUGCUGCCGCCCACAAGCAGGCUUUAAGGCAGGUAAAGGAGUUCAAACUUCUCGCAGAUGUACUCAAAGCAACUCUUGAGUACCGUCAAAAGCGUUGGAAGCUUUUCAGGUCACAUAUUUCAUCCCGUGCCAAAGCACAAUUUACGUAUCUUCUAAGUGAGAGGAGUUUUCGCGGCCGGUUAUUGACCGAUCAUGAAGGCAAACUUCUUGAUCUACAGGUUGAGCCUGACAUAACAAAAGACAGCACUGGACGGGGUGCAAAAACCCUUUCAGGUGGUGAGAAAUCCUUCUCACAAGUUUGUCUUCUACUGGCACUCUGGGAAGCCAUGGGUUCACCAAUACGCUGUCUAGAUGAAUUUGAUGUGUAUAUGGACCACAUUAAUAGAAAGAUGGCGAUUGAUAUGCUUAUGCUUGCUGCUAGGCGGUCAAUUGGUCGACAAUUUAUUCUUAUCACACCUGGAUCAAGAGCUGAGAUCACCUUAGCACCUGAUGUCCGAGUAAAAGAGCUAGCCGAACCUGAGCGAGGACAGACUAGCUUGUCGUUUCGAUCCUUGUAA